GAGUGAUUUUAUGACUGAACAGGAAAAUAAACAAACGCUGGUUUCAAUCGAAACCCUCGUUCGAAAUCAUACCUCACACUGACACAAAAAGAGAAGAGAAGAGAAGAGAAGAGAAGAGAGGCAUUUUGAUUCGAUUCAGGUUCUUAUCCGAUACUUUUUCUAUCGACACGGACGAUUCGUAUCCUUCACAGUUAUAUUAUAAUACUCUCGGCGGUGACGGCGAAUGCCAUGGUAUUUCUACGUCGGUAGUACUGUGCAUAUGUUAGCAUAGCCUCGGACGUGGUAGAUUCCCAACACACACUCAGACAUAUAUAUAUAUAUUUAUACAUAUGGCUGGGUAUACAUCUGGGGUUCCAUCGUCGAUGCAUGGAAUGUUAGAGGGUGGGCCCACCAGUUCUUCCCAGGACAUGAAUCAGGAUAUGGAUAUGGGUGGUGGUCGAUGGUACUUUCUGAGGAAGGAAUUAGAAGAGGAUUCCCCUUCAAGAACAGAUGGCAUCAAUUUAAAGAAAGAGACCUAUUUGCGCAAAUCAUACUGCACGUUCUUGCAGGAUUUAGGCAUGAGGCUGAAAGUACCCCAGGUAACUAUAGCUACAGCAAUAAUAUUUUGCCAUCGAUUCUUCCUUCGGCAAUCUCAUGCUAAGAACGACAGAUGGAUUAUUGCAACAGUCUGUAUGUUCCUAGCAGGGAAGGUUGAAGAAACUCCUCGCCCAUUAAAGGAUGUUAUUGUUGUUUCUUACGAGAUAAUUCAUAAAAAGGAUCCAGCUGCAGCUCAGAGGAUCAAACAGAAGGACGUAUAUGAGCAACAAAAAGAGCUAAUUCUACUUGGUGAAAGGCUUGUGCUUGCAACUUUAGGUUUUGAUCUGAAUGUUCACCACCCAUAUAAACCCCUUGUUGAAGCAAUAAAGAAAUUUAAGGUUGCGCAGAAUGCCCUUGCUCAAGUAGCAUGGAACUUCGUCAAUGAUGGGCUGAGGACAUCGCUCUGCCUGCAAUUUAAGUCCCACCACAUUGCGGCAGGUGCCAUCUUCCUUGCUGCUAAGUUCCUCAAAGUGAAGCUUCCAUCGGAUGGUGAGAAGGUUUGGUGGCAAGAAUUUGAUGUCACGCCACGCCAAUUGGAGGAGGUUAGCAAUCAAAUGCUGGAAUUGUAUGAACAAAAUAGAGUGCCGAUAUCUCAAGGAAGUGAAGUUGAAGGAAGCAUAACUGUUGGGUCAAAUCAUCGAGCAUCUGAAAAGAGUACAGCUGAUGAUGAGGAGCAGUUACCAACAAAUGGUCGUGCUCAAUUAGUUGGAGCAGGUGCAGGAGCAGUGUCUACAGUGAAGAGUGGACAUUCUAAACAAUUCUCAUCUCUUCCAGCAACCGACCAUGCACAUGCCGAUAAUUAUAGCAUGCCAUCAAGAAGUAGCCAGAACGAAAGUAAUGAAAAUGGGAGCACUGAGAUGGGUAGUGUUAUUACUGAUCACAAAGUGGACGGAGAAAUAAAAGAUAAAGAGCAUUCUGAGAAAGUGAACAUGAGAGAAGGUCCAAAUAAAUCCAAGUCUGGAUCUGAGCGUACUGUGGGAGAAGAUCGGGGAAGGAAUGGUGGGACAAAAGAAACCACAGAAGCUGGAGAAUGGGGGGACAAUGGGGCUUUGCAGAAGUCUAGGAAUAUGCAGUUUCGGGAAGGACCACUUGGCCAGUCACCCCAGGAUGCAAUUAAAAUGAUUGACAAGGUGAAGGCAGCACUUGAGAAAAGGAAAAAGUCUCGUGUAGACCACUGGAAAAGGGAGUUGAUGAAUGAAGAUGAUAUGAUUGAGAAGGAAUUAGAAGAGGGAAUUGAACUGGCAGCCGAGGAUGAAAAAAACAGGCAGGAGAGAAGGCAGAGCUGGUCGAAAACUGAGAAUGAGCACCAUGAGGAUGUUGGAGGUGGAAAAUAUCUGGGCAUGAAGGGACAGUCAUCAAGGGCAGAGGAAGUGGAGGAUGUGGAGGAAGAGGAAAUGGUAGAUGAUGCAUUGCCUAUAUUGAACAAUCACAAGAGAAGAGGGAGCCCAUUGGAUAGACAGUUGGAGGCAAAGCGGCGACAUGAUUAAAUCUCCAACUACCACCACAGCAUAGCCUCCAUGAUACCAUAGAAGAUUGACAUGGGAUGAGCCGAAUUGGUUAUGCAGACAGGGAGCACUGAAGGCAAUAACAGGAGGAUUAUCUGAUACAAUAACCAAUUGCUGUAUGUAAUUUAGUUACUUCAUGGUUAGUAUGCCUGAUAAUUUGACGCUGCUGAGUUGUAUCUUUUUGGUAGUUUAAACUAUGGCAUGUAAUGUGCGUUUUCCGGCUAAGUAGGAUCUUGGCCCUUAAGUUCCACCGCUUCUUUAAUUCUAAUUUAUUAAAGCUGCACUUCAUAUA